AUGAAGUUGCUCAUAGAUACUGAAAGUGACUCAUCGUUCUCCAUUGAUGUUGAUUUCUUGGAUACACUGUUAAUCAUAAAACAGAAGAUCGAGAAGGCUCAAGGUAUCCCUGUUUACAAACAAACCCUUUUCUUCAAAGGCAAAGUUCUUCAAGACCAAUUUAAGAUACGAUUUUGCCAUAUCCUAGGAAACUCUAGUCUCUUUCUCUACAUCUCUCCGGACGACAAUCCUAAUCAGAACGUCAACGACGAUCGAGUGCCUCAAACCGAGCAAUCUCCAUCAAAUCCGAUUCAUCAAGAUUUUCCUGUGAUGAGCAACACAGACUCAAUGAAAGGCUUCCUUGGGAUUCAAGAUUCGCCGCAGGGCAAAAGCAAUCAAGUGCUCCAUCAAACAGGGCAAUCAAGUGCUUCAUCAAACUCAUUUGAAGAGACCAGUUACGGUGGGGAUGUAGAUUUUACGAUGGAACAAAUCUGUAAGAAGAACCAACAUGAUAGGCCUGUUACAGUCCAAAGAGUCAUGGCGAGGAGAAUCGACAGUGGAUCAUCACGACCGUCAUAUUCACUUGAAGGGUUACUUGGACCUCAAGAUUUGGUGCCUGUGACGGCUGGAAGCAGAAGAAAGAUGAAUCAGGUGGUUCAAACCGAGAUAUCUUCACCGUCAGACUCAGUAAAAGAGGUCCUUAGAAUUUUAGAUUCUCCUGUGACGAAGAAGAUCAAGACCAUCCUGAGGAACCUGACAGUAUUUGUGCAGCCUUUUCAAGAGACCAGGAUGAUUCCAGUGGUGGUUAACGCAAAUGAUAAAGUUGAAGAACUGAGGAAAGAGCUUGUUAAGUUGCAAGAGAAGGGUGAGCUAAAUCUGCCUCACGAAGGGUAUUACUUUAUAAUCAGAGAGCUAACAUUGACCGAAACUGAGUCAUUCAUGUGGAACCUUGUUGUUGACGACGAUACAAUUGAGAUAAUCCGAAUUAAUCAAACUUAA